AACCAGUCAACCAACUUCAAGACUGGUUUUAACUAAAUGACUGGUGUCACUGGGAACUAGCGGUCGCCUUAGUCAACGGCCAACAAUUUCAAACGCACAGUAACAGCAGCCAGAAAGUCAUCCUCUGGUCAAUUGUCUGGCCGAUGGACGUUUGCUGUGCUGGCUAUCGGAGUUAGUAAAGACCGCGUCAGCAAUUGAAGCGGCGCGCCGCGUCUAGCAAGACACCGAACCACUCGCCACUGCUAUUAACGCGGCGGCCGCCGUGUCCACUGUGCGACACAGCAAUCGACACAUGAGAACUGCCACUACCGCCACCGCCGCCGCCGCCGCCGCACAAAGCGCGCGAUCUACAGGCGCUUCUCCGCGUUGGCAAGUGAACGAAGCGUUGGGCAAGUGUCGGGCGCUGAGCGAGUGUUGAGCGCCCAGAAAAAAUGAGCGAUUGUAACAGCAGCAGCUAAGCGACUGUGAGUCGCGCGCGAAUGCUCUCUAUGUGCGAGAGCAAUUGACAGGGCCGCAGUGUCGGCAGGCAGGGAGACGCAGAGACCAGAGCGAUACAGGGAUACGACUGGUAACGGCGGCAGCAACGACAGUAGCAGCCGCACCCGUAACAGUUGAUCGGCAGAGAAAUCGUCGCAAGCGGCCGAUACAGAAAAGAUAGACGAUCUCAGCAGACGCCGAGAGACAGCGAAGAGGAGUCGAGUCGGGAGGACGGAUACAGGCGACAGCCAGUGGAAAAUGACGACCGCGAAAAACGUGCUGGUCACCUCUCAGCCGCAGUAACGAUAGUGGCAAUACCUGUGCAGGUAACAGAAACUGCAGCAACUGGAGUUGAACUAAACGACGACAACGGUGGUUAAGAAAGUCGUGAGGCAGAAGGGUCGAGCAUAUAGCGAUGACUUGCGCGGGUCAUUAGCCGGUAGGCUGGUCCACCGCACAAGAGAGGAUAGACAAAACGUUCAACGCCGAACGACGCGCGACGUGACACUGUGGAAAGUGCUGCGCGGAUAGGCAUCGUCUACAACGAAGUAUUGGCUGUAUAUGAAGAUUAAUCCCAUCCUUAACUGACACUGCCUGUCUGACUAGGUGAGGAUACGAGAGUUAGGGAAAAACGCAGCCCAACAGCGGUUCUACAACUCAGACAAUUAGAUCUCCGUAGCGCCGCCGUCGUUGUGGGGAGACGACGCGCCAUUGCCCAAGCGGGCAAUGACAGCCAGUGGCCAAGCGGCAAGAAAGCUCUUGUGUGCGACAUGAGUGCUGUCAGACCGAACUGCUCAGAAGCGAAGUACGGCACAGGUUGAACUGCCUGUGUGAGCUUGACAAUUUAAAUCAUCACUACCGCUACGGCUGGCCAUCACAAACCCAACACCAACAACGAAACAAAGUGACAGCAGCACUGGAGUGGUAACGCACCGGGGUAGGUGGCGUGUAGCUAAGUCAGUUCCGCUUUUGCUGUUAUGUUCAUUGCGGCAUAACGGUCAAGGUGGCAUAGUAACAAUUGCUCAACAGGGCAAAGUCUACUUGAAAACGAAAAACGUGGAAAUCGCUGCAGGUUUGAAAAGGCUUCGAACCCUAGAAUAAACCCCAAAAAAGCGUGUACCCGGUAUCUCGGUCACAUAACCACUACUGCUAGUACUAUUGCCUAUUAAUACUCGAAGUGUGUGUACAGGUAUACGCCGUACACGAAGUGAUCGUUAGCGAGUGGCUAAUAUACGUCGCCAUAUCUUUUUUAUUUCGGAUAAUUAAGCUCAUCGACGUGGCGUCAACUACCGAACGCUUAACUAAACGACGUGCAAGCGUCUACACAUGCCAUGAACACCUCAAGGGGCUGCGCGGUUCAGAAUCUGGCCCCCCCAGAACACUGGCAGGCCAGUGAGCGUGUUUUGUGACAGUUAGCUACAAACACACUGCGCCACAAAACAAAAGGACGUUAUUGCCCAUUUAGUUCUUAAUACUUUGACUAAACUAUAUUUAUGUACACAUACACAUACACACACAUAUAUAUACGGUAUAUAUAUAUAUGUAUAUACCGCGCGUAAGGGAAAGAGAGGGAAAAGGCAAGCAAGUGAGAGUGAAUGGUACAGUGGCCUGUCGAGCGAAUCAAUUGUUGUAAUGUAACCGACAGAUGACUAGUUUUACUGCCACAUAGUGGACGGACCUAACACAACCGUUCGCGGCGGGCCUGUUCGAGGACCGGACAACCGCGAAGGCCUCAAGGUGGUACAGAGACAUACGCCAGCAAUAAUACGAAAGGAAAAAGCUGGUACAUCGGCUAAUUCUGAAGCAGUUAUGAAAGCUUGGAAUCCUCACACCACAUUGCACCUGUCUGUUACAGCGGUAACAGCUCUUAUCGGCCGUGUCCGGCACAGGCUAAGUUAGACUCUGCGAGAGACUGUGGAAAGCCGAGGCAGCACUGGCGGCAGCAGUAGCAAACGCUCAGACGCGCCGAGUUGGCGCUGAACCGAACCUGGCUAAAAACAGAUCAAAGCGGUUAGACGAUAGAGAAACCGACUAAAAAAAAAGAACGAGUCGACAGCAAGACCAGUCCUCAAAAGGCAGAUCGCUCAGAAUUGCCUUCUUAGUAGUGUGUAUCUUGUAUGCAAGGAAUAAAGCUGUCUCGCUGCUAUACCGAGCGAGCGAUCCUCUACUGAGGUGAGGUGCGAAGUAGAAUCGCAGGUCAGUCGGCUCACCGCAAGCCGAUGAGCCUCAAGCGGACGAGGCCUAAGCGACAUCCGCGCGGCCAGAACUUGAAGUGCGUUCGCGGUUGCCUUGUCUCCCCGCGCAACGCACAAAGGGCGCCAUCAGCAAGCAGCAGAUAGUCUACUAUAUGCGAUCGAAAAUUACACGACCAAUCGUUACCGAUUCCGACUGCCGACACCGAAAUUUAAGUUAUCUCGUGAAGAUCUAGAAGCAGGCCCGGGUCUGAAGGAGUGUCUCAAGCAUGACGGAUAAGAUAUCGUUGUUGUGAGUGUUUCGAGCGAACAGAUUCAUUCUCGGAAAAAUAAUACCAACUGCUACGACACUGUGAUAACAACAACAGCAACGACAACAGCAAAAGUAACAGCAACGACAACAACAAUAAGGAAUUACUAGCACCACUUCGACAGUUUCUUCUUCCUUGUCUACGAUUGCUUGUGUGCUUUAGUGCAGUUACCCGAUCCUCGGUUCCAGUAGGUUAUCACUGGCCUCCAUAUAUCCUCCAGUGGAUUUUGAAUAUGCUGACUGGAUACUGGAUAUUGCUUUUUUGCCAUUGGUUGGAUGAUUGUUAGUAUUUGCUCAUCGGAUCUUAGCUCGUUCCUUGGAUUUCGCUAAACUGUGAUUCACUAGGUGCGAUAGCCGAAGAAAUUUACCUUGCGACGACUAAGGAAUUCUCGUUGUUCUUGUAGAUAUUGUAUAGUGUGAAUUAAUUUCAGUUAGCUGGUUCAUUUUAGUUGCUUAGCAACGAGAGGAAGGUUCAGCUGGUUGAAGUAAAGGUCACGAAUAGAAAAAAAAACGAGUAAAUUAGCAAUCAGUGAAUCGUUUUCUGUGGAGUGGUGGAGUGCUUUGGCUAACCCCUGGAUACACCGCUAUUCCAUAGUGUGCUCUCACAGUUCGCCAACGACAAGCAUCGCUGCGUCAACAACUUCGACUAUCUGAUUGCCAUCACCGUAUAUAGAAUCAACACCGACGUGUUCGGUCCUGGCCGUUGUUCAUUACGUACGCGCCCGCAUCACCAAUUUCGUCAUCAAUUAUAGCAUUAGACCACAGUUCAAACCGUUUGCAACAAUUGUCUCGAUGGACGGCCGAAUAGCAGCGUCAUUGUCACUAUCCCUAUGAAUUCCAGCAAAAGAGGCAAAAAUCGUAGAUAAAAUCAAUCGUCCCUUGGUGGACGAAGCCAUUCAAGCUGUAGGAGAAAAGGCUGCAAACCCUUCAAGUACGAGUGUCCAUGCUUGCGCAUCACCGAGCCUGUGUGUAGAUAGAUCAAAGGACUCGCGAAGUUCAACGCAGCCGUGGCCCCAAAAGGUUUUUGUACAAGAGUGUGCCACAGUGGGCAACUGCUGCAGAAGUCCAGAAACCCGAGGCCCGGAUGCACAAUAAUUAUAGAAAAUACAAUAGAAAUUAGCAACAAACAAACUCUAAUUCGCAUCUUCGUUAUUUGUUGCUGUUUCCAGUGGUCCCUAAAGCCUUCUCUCUCUCCCUCUUUCUUUCUCUAUCUCCGUUUCUUAGCGUCCGAACCUAUCUGAAGCUUAACGGUGUUUACCACGAACGACAAAACCGGUCCGCGCAGGAGCUCGUCGUUCAACCUGUCCCGUUCGAUAACGCUUGCCCGAGGUACUCUUGCUUGGCGCCCUCUGCAAUAAAAACAGCAACAACAGGAACAACGAGGCAGGUUCGUUGCUUACGUUGUCGUCCCUGUCGCGGUGGUUCUUCCGGUCGUGGUAGUGGUUGCGUCGGUUGAAAUCGGAAGAAGGCGCCAGGCUGCCCCGCGACGUUGCCUCGGACGCUGGCCAACGCUGGACGUGAUACCGAAUGUCGGUAGAAGCGGGGGCAACCAGCCCCGCCGAUAUUGCCACCGCCGCCGCUGCCGACAGCCCAGAAUGGCAGACGUUGGCAAAGACGAUCGCCAAGUCGGUGGUGCUGAUCUCGAUCAUAUUGACGGCCAUCUUCGGCAAUCUGCUCGUCGUCACAUCAGUGAUAAGGCACCACAAGCUGCGAGUCACCACCAACUAUUUUAUCGUAUCGCUGGCGUUAGCGGACGCUCUCGUCGCCCUGUUCGCGAUGACAUUCAAUGCGUCGUUCACCAUUUCGGGCAAGUGGAUGUUCAAUCAGGUGGUCUGCGAUUUUUGGAAUUCGUGCGAUGUCCUUUUUUCGACAGCGUCGAUUAUGCACCUAUGCUGCAUAUCUGUCGAUCGCUACUACGCGAUCAUCAAGCCACUCGAGUACCCGACGAAGAUCACGACGAAACGGGUCUUCAUCAUGUUAGCGUUAGCGUGGACGGUCUCGCUGCUCAUAUCCUUCGUGCCCAUAUUUACCGGCUGGUACACGACGGAAGAGCAUCGGCAGUGGUUAGCCGACCAUCCGAACGAGUGUGUGUUCAAAGUUAACAAGUAUUACGCUAUUAUAUCGUCGUCGAUCUCGUUCUGGAUACCGUGCUCAGUAAUGCUAUUCACUUAUUGGCGCAUCUAUCUAGAAGCGACCCGACAGGAGAAGAUGCUGUGCAAAACGCAGAUGGGUCCUGGCGGCGGCGAGCAGCAGGUGAUCCACGCGCCGCCUCAUCGAAAUUCGCACGGCGCAGAGGACACCGAGUCAGGUCAGUCGACGCCGACAAAGCGCAACAUCACCAAGAUGAAGCGUGAACAUAAGGCAGCCAAAACACUAGGCAUAAUCAUGGGAGCGUUCAUUCUAUGUUGGCUACCGUUCUUUCUGUGGUACGUGACAACGUCCUUGUGUGCUCCAACCGACUGUCCUUGUCCUGAGGUUGUGGUAGACCUUCUCUUCUGGAUCGGAUACAUCAACUCGUCACUCAACCCCAUCAUCUACGCGUACUUCAAUCGAGACUUCCGCAUGGCGUUCAAGAAGACCCUGCAGGACCUCUUCUGCUCAUGUAAGCCUUGUAAGCUGUGGCAAACUAGGCAUAGACACCCCGGAGGGGCCGCCGGCUACGGCGGUAACCACCUUCAACAGGCCAAUUCCGCUACUACCAACUUCACUUGUAAGUUGCAAACGGAAAAAGGGGUGGUCGCUGUAAAUAAAUCGACACAUGGUGAAACAACAUGCCGCAAACGUCGGUCACCGAUAAGAUUUGUGAAAGUAAAGUGUGACGAACCGUCCUGUAGAAAUGAUCCUUAAAGGGGAAGAGAAUGAAGACGAUGCUUGCAACGGUAAUGAUGAUAAAUGGCUCACCCGAGAAAAGAUAGAAGAAAGGAAAGAAACAGAAGUCGAAAGAGAGAAGCUGAAGAAGCGGCAACAGCAAAGCUAAGAGCAAUUGACGACGGAAUCAAAUUCAGCGGUCGGAUGGAUCGGCCGGUGCAGAGUAGCGCCAUAAAAAAGGCCGUCAAAACGACCUAACGGAAGAAUAAUUAGAAGAAACCUAAUCACGCCCACGGAUACGUCGUCAAUAAACUCGCGAUGACCAUAAGAACAAUUCUAAUGAUAGAACUGAUGCGACAAGGAGACGAAAAAUAACAUUAAUAAUAACAACAACAAUAAAAAAACAUGCUAAUUGCUAAUAUAAUGGUGAUGGUAGUGGUGACGACAGCGAUGAUAAUGUAAUUGCAAACGUUGUAUAGCGACAGUGUAGGAAAUACAUUUGGAUUUAACCAGAACAAUACUGAUAACAAUGGUAAUAGUUGAUAAUAGUAAGGAUCAUCAUCUCGCGUUUACUAAGGUCGAGGCAAUGCCAAUGCAAACACACAUGAUAAUAUUGUUGUCAGUACUAAAUUAACAAAGGUUCUUACCGGUGACCGAGACCAGGAUUACAUUAUCGAGUUCGACACGAUUAGCGGAUCAAACAAAGGACGACCAAAGACGAGGAACCAAACAGGAACAAGGAUGGGAACGCAAAGCAAGCGUUCGUUCAAGCCGAAAAAUAUGGUCAAUGGAGGGGAAACGGGAUGUAAGAAAGGAAUUGGUCGUGCUAAGGUAAAGGGGAGACAUAUGCAAGGUGGCUACGCUGCAAGCUGAAACGACAUGACGCUGGUGCAGUGUACGUUUAAGGGAGGGAGGAAACAAAGUGUCGAACAGCCUGCUACAGGAGUCAAUACGAGACCGCAGGCUCGUAACGAGACUGGGGAAAGGGAUGCAGGAAAAUCAUCCACGAGAAAUGGCCGGCGGUCAAGGGAAUCGUGUGGAAAAUAGGUAUCAAAGCCCAAGACCUGACUGCGUUGCAACGCUGAUGGGCAAGUGUCGCGUCUUAUCUUGACGUUCCAAAUAAACCUACAUUUGUCGGGAUAUCAGCUACUACUAAUAGUGACAAUAGAACAGCAAAACCUAAGGCAAAUUGAAAAGAAUAGAAGGGGUACGGCGCCAGAAUGACAAAGAAACGACACGCAAAACAGCUUUUGUUCGGACUGAAAUAUCGAACCUGUCAGGCAGUCUACUAGCAAUAAUUAAAGAUACUACUUAUAAUGAUAAUAAUAUUCGUAACAAGAACUAAUGAUAAGAGGUCGUAAUAACUUGAUAAUAAUAAUUCGAGUGCCCAACAAUGCUGACAACGAGGAUAAUAACAGUAAUAAUGUAACGUAAUUAUAAUAUCAAGGAAAGACAUGCGCAAGGAAACUGCCGAAAAGAGUGCAUAAGGAUAAUAAUUAUAUGUUAUAAUAAUAACAUGGAGAAAUGGAUGAAAAUUCAUAGGAAGAGAUAGAAGCGGUCUAAUAACACUGAUAAUAAUAAUAAUAUUAUGAUUAGUAAUGCGAAAUAAAGAUGAUAUAGUAAUAACAAUAGUAACGAUAAUAACAAUAGUACAAUACUUACGGCGGCGAUUCGAAAAGCCUCAGGCCUUUGAUCUAAUAUUAUUCUUUCCCAAACCGUACAAUAAAGACAAAUAUAUAAGCAACAAGAGCCUAAACAAAACACAAAGAACGGACUCGAAAACGGAGAGAAGUACACUGGGCUAGUUUAGGUACAAGGCGAAAACGAUGGCUGUUGAAUCAACGUACUAUGUACGCCGAGACUGCUUGUUUCGCACCGUCGACCGUUGGCCUAGCCUUGCAGGUUUAGGUCAAGCUGGUGACCGCAUGAGAUGCCACUGAAAUGAAUCCAUUCAAGAGUCGCACAUGAGAUUUGUACUUCUUGUGAGGCCGACGAAAUAAUCAGCUGCGGAGAGCUGAUGCUGUGCGCGAAUGUUUCGUCAGUACAGGGGAACAAGGAAAAAAUAGAAAGCAAAGAUUGGCUGACAGUGAAUAAAUAAUCCGUGAUGAUGCAAUGGCUAUAAUAGUGACGAGGGCACCGCCACGCGAAACAGCGAAUGGGGGCGAACUAGAUGGAAAUAAAGGGAUCAAAAUAACUGAUGGGGCGUACGUCAAAAACGUACUACUUACUUUGUUGAGUGACUCACGGUCCGGUAAGAAGGCAUACAUGGAUGAAAAAGAAGGCGCUAAUUAAAGGGCAUAUGGUCUAUAGAUACAAUGAAGAAGAUGAAAGGGAACUCAGUGACAUUACAAAGGAACCGGUUAGCAAUCAAAGGAAUAAAAUCGAAGGAAAAAGAUGAACUAACGAAUCGUGAUGUCUCGUUUGGGACUACCCCUUUCGUGGUAAGUAGUCUCAUGUUGCUACAAGUCUGUGCGAAAGCGAGCCAAUUAUAAUGGUCAUAACGAAGCGUAAGCCAAAGACUGUUCGAUUGCUCAUUGCUUUUGUUUAUUAUUUAUUUUUCCUUUACAUAUAUAUAUAUACAUAUAUAUAUAUAUAUAUAUAUAUAUAUAUACACACAUAUAUAUAUUUAUUUAGUUAUUGAACCGAUUGUUUGGCUAGCAUUAUGCAAAAACAAAUGAGGUACGCGAGAAAAUGAUAACGGGUUUAAUCAACACCAAUGACAAUAUUAGGUGCGGACGACAAACAUAACCGAUACGUAGAGCUUAUAUUAGAUAAUAUGAAGCUAAAGUGUGCAGAUGGUGCAGCUUGAUUAGCAAAAGACAGAUUUUAUAAAACAGUUUCACCCCCUGUUUACGAAAACGUGGGAAACUGCGCGGGGUGUACUGCUAGGAGAAAAGAAAGAAAGCGAUUCGAGCGGGACUUUUCGAACCGCAGACCGGCUACGACGAUCUGGCCGGAAGCGUUAUAAGCAACAGUCUCAGAAUGGUAAUCGCAAUAAUAAUACAAGGUCCGACGAUUUGUUGCCUGCGGCAGCUGCUUGGAUCAGGGAAUGGCAGAUUAAUCCAAUUGUAUGCGACAAAUAUCUACGAUGAGUAUCAACACAUUUGUACUACCGGACGUACAACUACAACGAAACGGUGAUAAGACGGUUCGUCUAAAAAGAACUAGCUAAACAAGGACAACAAACUCGCGCAUGCUCCUCCCUUGGACGCACUCCUGUUUGCAGACUCCCAUAAUACCAACGAAAUGGAAGAGUAAUAAUUUCACGCGAACUUGAUACAAGUUAGAAUGUUAAGACGGCAUAUGAAAUGAGAAUGUUUUUGGCUAAUGCAAUUAGAAAGUGCCAGCGAACAGAGUAACGCAGAUACGUAAAGAAUUGCUGAAAACAUAUAAUAACUGGCCUCGAUGAUUUCAACGUAAUUAUAAUCGACGAGCCGAACGAACCCCCGAUCGGCAGCGUUAUUCUUGCAACGUUGGCAUUUACGAUCUCUCCCUUCAUCGACCAGAGUCCCUCUGUAAGAGUACGACGCGAGUGCUGGCGGUAACUACGAUUAAAUGACACUGGUAGUAAUACUAUGAAUAACUACAAUUAUAAUUAUGACGACAAUUACAGUGCAAUGUAAUAAUAUUAUAUAAUAGAGGAUAAUCAGAGUUAAAAUGAUUAUUGUUACUAGUACAUAUAUACUGAUAAUUAUAAGCUAGGCUAAUAAUUGUUGUUGAUAUCUGACAGUCCUGCCUCCUCCGCGCGGGGGCGGGACACAAACCAACCCUCACCAAUCGUUCAUUUCCCCAUUAAUGGUCUAUAAAGUGCCCCUUUUCCAAUUCACCAAUUGAUAAUAUAUAUAUAGUAACGAUUACAAACAGACCAGUCAGUAAUACGCAAAAACAGACAAAAAGUGGAAAUUUACAGGUAAAUAAUAUAUAAAAGUAUAACGAUUAGCCGAAACCAAAUGGGAAUCACGCGAGAAGAAGUUGCUAUAUAUAUAUUAUAUAUAGCAAGCAACAGUUUUUGAUGCAAUAGCAUACUCUUUGUAUAUGUGUACCAUGUAUUAUCCUUGCAAACUUGAAACAAACUUUCUUUAUUUCCACCUACUUUUCCUUAUAUAAGAGCACUUUUGGCUUAAACGCAAUAGCAGCAAAGGUACAUAAAGGGGCUGCGGAAAAAAUUCAGCUUCCAGCAUGGUGAAAGCCCGAGCAAAUUGGUUGCCAUACAUUGGAUCCCUUCACCCAUGGAUACACGAAAAUUUUAAAUAAAUUCAUGUUAGAUAUAUAAAUCGACACUGACACUUCUAAUCCUGUGAUUAAUGGUUAUUUGUGAUCAGUGUUGAAAGCUCGAUGCAUACUAAAAAUAUGCACACACGUAUGCCCACGCUCACGUGUCAACAUGUACACACUGAGGCGCGUCAUUCAGGUAGAUCUGUAUCCGCAAGAUUUUACUGAUCUUUUUUUACAUUUAUCGGGUGCCGGCCGAAGGGGAAAUAGAUCACUAUGAGUAAACAACAAGCUAAAUUAAUUUAUGGAUUCAGUUGGGCUGGUUUCUAUAUAAACAUUUCAAUAACUAGAACGAUCAUUCACUAUUGGACUUAACUGUGGAUAACACUAUAGUACUGGGCUGAUUGAUUGAUACCGACUGAACAUUUAGAGUCAUUCCUUCGUCACCAGAUUCACACCCAAUUCAUCAUAUUCAAUCAUCCAGGCCACCUCCUAAAACGACCAGGCGAAGGCGGACAAAAACGACAGAAUGAUAAUGAGCUAUUUAUCGUUCGGUACUUCUCUCUAAUGCAAAGAUGAUUCUACGCCGGGCCCCGUAAUGGCGGCAAUACCAGUCAAUUCGUGAUAAGAACAAGAAAAGCCGAGUGGAAGAGAGAGGGCAGAACAAAUAGAAAGAAAAAACGUUACGAUGCUCAGGCUAUACCUUCGCCUAGUAACCAGGUGCCUGCUAGGUGUAUAAUACUCUGUACAAAGUGGGUGCAGCCCCUGGGCCCACCCCCUGGACGUCAUUGUUCAUACAUGAAAAGCGAAAGGAAUGAGCAUAGAGAGCAGCUAAAAGCGGGCAAAAAACAUGGAUAUGAAAAGGGAAAAAGAAGAAAAACAGAAAGCACUGGAUCAUGGUGUUGAAGAUCCUACGAAAACAGUAACAAGAUAAUAUAAACGGUAGUGGGAAUAAUUCUAUUAGAAAUGUUAAUCAGAUGGCGACAACGUAUGAUUUAUUUUUGUUUCAGUGUAAAAUGUCAAAUCACGGGCCGUUGGCGGUUGAAUGGCGGGUGGACGGGCGGUCGUGUGUGAGCGAAAUUGGAUUGGGAAAGGUUUCUUUCUGUUAGCUUGAUAUUUUCGAUUUGACCUGAUCUAGCUUAAUCGAGUUCACCGUCGACUUUACAUAUAGACACUAGAUGACAGCCAAAAAAGUGACUUCUUCGACUGCCAGGCAGAUUAGAUGAAGAACAGUGCGUGACCAUCUUCUUUGGGGCAUUAAUUAUCUCAGGCGCAGUAAUGCCCAGUUAGCGGCAGGAUAAGAAAGAGACGAGAAAAUUUUUUCCAAUCGAUUGGGAUAGUAGGCUCGGGUGGCUGUUGGCAAUUGAUGGGUAGGCAAUGACUGAUUGUUAACAGCAGAAGCUCACCACGAGUUACGACGAGGUACCGGUCGUAUAAUAAGAAGUAGAUAAAUGACUGAAGAUAAAAAUAGAACGUGAUUGACUGUAAAUGUAGGAAAUUCACGCCUGCAAAGGCGAAACAAUACAGCUAUGUAUUUAAGUAUCUGUUGGUUUUUUUGUUAUGGUUUUAUGCUUGUGUUAAUAGAAAACGGAUUCACUUCACAGGCCACGAUUUCAUAAAUUGUGAAAAGCCAGUCGACUAACCGGCCAACGACGUCGAUAGGACUUUGUGAGUUCCCCUCCAUAGAACUUCAUGUCCGGUGUCGUAGCGAAUAAGACCACAUUUUGCCCUUUUGCCCGGAUCCUGUUUCAUUCUCCAAUUAAACAGCUAACUGGGCCUUUUGUAAUAUAAACGUUAUUUAUGUGUCAAACUCGAUAACCGCACCGGUCAUAUUGUUCCAACAAUGCCUUAGCGAAUAGCCAUGUUAUCAAGAUGUCAGCUGUACCUGUUGGAUAUAUAACAUAAGUCAGCUAAAUAUUAUAUAGAUAUAAGAAACGUAAGGUAACGUAAUUUAAGAAAACCUGCGAAUGUCGGACGUCUCGCUAGAGACGCCUAUACUUUAAUACAUGGAUACUAUCUGGACGUAGUGGAUAACGGCGGAGUACCAGCGAUCAA